UGUCCCCGUAGUGACGACGACCUACAUUCGUCAGCUGCAGAGCUUCUUCCAGAAGUUUCCGCGCCCGGCUUCUGUCCAGCGUGGAUGCAACUCUCACAACUAAGAACAGUUUGUUCUUUUUUUGCAGGUUUCUUUAAAAAUAAUUCUAUUAUUGGUUUUAUUUAAGAAGUCCUCUUCGCCUUCCUUCAGACCCAGUAGCUGGUUCUCGGGUUGUUUGAACAACCACCCUGACAGAAAUCGGUCCGGAGGAGGCAGCAGCUGCCACGGCGGAGCAGUGACGAACUUGACCCGCACACAAGUCUGGAUAUGUGCGCUGAAAAUGUUUUUGUAACGAGCAGAACAGCCGACCGGACAGUGUGAUGGGUAAAGACUACUACAGUGUGUUAGGGAUAUCUAAAGGCGCGUCUGAAGAGGAGAUAAAAAAGGCGUACAGGAAACAGGCUUUGCGUUUCCACCCAGACAAGAACAAGUCACCUGGAGCUGAGGACAAGUUCAAAGAGGUCGCUGAAGCUUACGACGUUCUCAGCGAUGUGAAGAAAAGAGAUGUUUACGAUCGAUAUGGAGAAGAAGGAUUAAAGGGUUCUGCUGGAGGGGGCGUACACUGCGGUCCCAGUUUCAACUACACCUUCAACGGAGAUCCUCACGCCAUAUUUGCCGAGUUCUUUGGAGGCCGCAGCCCUUUCGAUCACUUCUUCGCAACAAAUUUAGACAAUGAUAUAGAUGUCAGCGAUCCCUUCAGUGCCUUUGGCAUGGGGGGAAUGGGUGGGUUUCACAGGUCUUUUAAACCCCACCCGAGUGGCCCGCACAGUGCGCACGAGAAAAGGCAGGAUCCUCCGGUGGUGCACGAGCUGAAUGUGAGUCUUGAGGAGGUUUUCUCUGGCUGCACCAAGAAGAUGAAGAUUUCUCGUAAGAGACUGAAUCCUGACGGCUGCACCAUGCACAAAGAAGACAAGAUCUUAACAAUUAAUAUCAAACGGGGCUGGAAGGAGGGAACAAAAAUCACGUUUCCUAAAGAAGGUGAUGAAACCCCCACCAACAUUCCUGCAGACGUGGUUUUUGUGGUCAAAGACAAACCCCACCCUGUCUUCAGAAGAGAGGGCUCAGAUAUAGUUUUUCCUACUAAAAUAUCACUUAAAGAGGCGUUGUGUGGCUGCACAGUAAAAGCUCCCACUUUGGACGGCCGGACCAUCACUGUGACCUCCAGAGAAGUCGUCAAACCAGGGACGAAGAAGCGCAUCUGUGGAGAAGGACUCCCUUUGUCCAAAUAUCCUGAAAAAAGAGGCGACAUGAUCUUGGACUUCUGUGUUAAUUUCCCUGACAAGCUGGGUUCCAGCACACGCGAUGCGCUCGAGACCAUACUUCCCAUGUGAAGCGGAUGUUUGGCUGCAGCAGCUAACAGGUUCACAUUUGCAGCAAGGCUGUGUGUGAUGUUUGGUUUUGAAACUCUGUGUGGAUCUGAUUCCAGCUGAGCUUAGAAGAGAUGGUAUUUUUAAUGGGAUUUUCAAAGUCCGGAGAAGCGGAGGAAGACGACGACGAUUUUCAAAGUUAAUAAAACUGAGGAACUUUGAAGUUUGAUUUUAGUGAUGAUUUGGUUUUACAGCAGGUGUUUGUGGGAGUUCAACAACUCAGGUGCAACUGUGGAUCCUGAGAGGACAAGCUACAGGUCUCUGCUCCAAGUGUGACUUUCUAACAACUAUCAGCAGUAAACAGACUGUUCUUUUUGUGUCAAGUUAAAGUUCAGAGUGUCAGUUUUAAGUGCUGCCAGGUCAACACACACACUGCCUCAAAUUUCUACACCAACAUCCUCAGAGAGGAAAUCCAAAGGGAGAAUCUGUACUGGAAGAAAAAAAUCCAUGAAAUGUUAAAGAUGGCACAUGUUAAAAGUGUUUCACUGAAUCUGCAUAUGAAAUAUUCAAAGACUUGCGCAGUUUUGCUCUACACAUGAGUGUGCAUCCAAAAGUAACGUAAACGUGAAUUUCGUUAUGCGUAACAUUUUACUUUAACCCCGUGUACAGCAUGAGUGGUGUAUUUUACAAAUAUCGUGCAGACUUUAGGUUCCAAUUUUGCUGUUUAAUUAAUCAAGAGUUUGUUAUCAUUUGAUUAACCAACACUAUGCACAUUUGCUGCAUUGUUUGCUGACUGUACUUAGAUUCCCCAGAAAUGCUGAGUCAUAAGUUGGAGGACUAGUGUUGUUGGGCUGUGGGUAGUGUGAUAGAUUUGACUAAAUCAAAGCUUUUUUUGCUUUUGAGGUUCUGCUGCUUCAUCCUGCUUUUCCUUAGAGGAAGAGGUGUUUAUCUUUUUGUAUGCAAAAAGGCUGUUUGUUUACUUUUUCUUCCUUUUUAAAAGAAAAUCAUCUGUUUUUCUCAUUCAUGCUUUAUUAGCCAGAGCUGGGGUUCAUGUUCUUUCAUUUUUACCUCCUUAAUAAACAAGCUUUAGCCUCUUCA